AUGCCUCCCAUCCCCGGCAAUGGCAAGCGCGAAAAGCGCAUCGUAGGUACUAGCCUGAAGAUGUACUUCGACCUGCCUUCGACCCUCCGCUACAUCGAAUCAGUAGCUUCCAUCUCCGCCGCCGCAGACGCUGCCGAUAUCGACCUCUUCGUCAUUCCCGAUUUCGUAACCCUGCUGUCCGCGAAAGAGCGCUUGGCAAAGACAAAUGUCCUGUUGGGAGCACAGGAUUGUUACAGCGAGGACGAGGGUGCAUAUACGGGAGAGGUCAGUCCGUUGACUCUCAGUCAGGCCGGCGUGAAGAUUGUAGAAAUCGGCCAUGCAGAGCGUAGACGCCUGUUCGGCGAGACGGAUGAAGAUGUGGCCAAGAAAGCAGCAGCGGUCGUCAGGAAUGGCAUGAUACCUCUGGUCUGUAUUGGCGAGAAGAAUCAAAGCGACAUCGCCUCGCAAGCAGUGGGCAUUGCCGUGAGUGAAUGCAAACCGCAGAUCGAAGCAGCUCUGUCGCAAAUACCUGACGACGCUGAGGUGAUUCUGGCAUAUGAGCCCGUGUGGGCCAUAGGUGCUUCACAGCCAGCGGGAGCAGACCAUGUCGUCGCUGUCACCCAGAACCUCAGAGCGCUCUGCAAGAACAGAACAGGCCGCGUCCGGAUUCUUUACGGCGGCUCAGCAGGUCCUGGCACUUUCCAAAAGCUGAAGCAUGGCGUCGACGGCUGCUUCCUUGGAAGAUUUGCGCAUGAUGUCAAGAAUUUGGAAAAAGUUGUCCAGGAAAUGAGCAGUUCAUGCCCAGUUUAG